AUGGACUUGUCCCACGACGAAGCGGUGGCCACCGUUUCCCGUCAAGUCCAGGAAUUCCACCGUCGCCAGCAACCCUUUCGCAUCUAUCAUGGCUCCACCAACAGCACGCGCGAUUCGCCCUACGGGCGCGACAACAUCGUCGACACUGCCCACCUCACCCACGUUAUCCAGGUUGAUCCGACCGCCCAAACGGUCCUGGCCGAACCCAACGUGCCCAUGGACCAGCUCGUGCGGGCCACGCUAGUCCACAACCUCGUCCCGUUGGUCGUGAUGGAGUUCCCUGGCAUCACGGCAGGCGGCGGCUUCUCCGGGACUUCGGGCGAGAGCAGCUCUUUCCGCCAUGGUUUCUUUGACGCCACCGUCAAUUGGAUUGAGAUCGUCCUUCCCGACGGCGAGGUGCGCAGGGCAUCCCAGAGCGACGACCCCGAGCUCUUCUGGGGUGCCGCUUCAGCCUUUGGCACCUUGGGCAUCGUCACGCUGGUCGAGAUCCAGUGUCGCCCAGCCAAGCCUUUCGUGGAGCUCGCCUAUCACUCCGCCUCCGGCAUGGACCAGGCAAUGCAGACCUUCCGACGUGCCACGGCUGACCCAACGGUUGAAUAUCUCGACGGCAUCGUCUUCGCCAAAAACCACGUCGUCGUCUGUGCCGGACGACUCGUAGAUUCUCCGCCCGAAGGUCGUCCCGUCCAACGGUUUACCCGCGCGCAAGAUCCCUGGUUCUAUAUCCAUGCGCAGCGACGCAGCCCUGCUCCGUCGUCUGGGUCCGACACUCCCCCGUCGGCCAUUCACUAUAUCCCCCUGGAAGACUACCUCUUCCGGUAUGACCGUGGUGCCUUUUGGACGGGCCGCUUCGCCUAUCAAUAUUUCAUCACCCCCUUCAAUCGCAUCACCCGCUAUGUCCUGGACUUCUUCAUGCACACGCGCGUCAUGUACCAUGCCCUGCAUCAGAGCGGUUUGUCCAGCUACUUUAUCAUCCAAGACGUGGCCGUGCCGUACCACGCCACUAGUGAGUUCAUCGACUGGCUGGAUCACAAGGACUCGUUCGGCUCGUACCCCAUCUGGCUGUGUCCACUGCGACAUUCGGAGGGAGUCAUGUCGCGCACGCAGGACGCGUCUCACGCAAACACGGAGACAAAGCCCAACCCAGACCCGGAUGACGGGUACAUCAUGAACUUCGGCCUGUGGGCUCCGUCGCCAUUCCACAACGAUCGACAGGCAUUCAUCGCACAGAACCGUCGGCUAGAGGGUAAGGUGCGGCAGCUGGGUGGCAAGAAGUGGCUGUAUGCGCACGCGUACUACACCGAGGACGAGUUCUGGUCGAUCUACGAUAAGAAGAGCUAUGAUUUGCUGCGGGCGAAGUAUCGCGCGUCGUAUCUGCCGGAUCUGUACCAGAAGGUACGGGUGAAUCUGGUGCCUGGUAGCGAGAGCGCGUCGUGGGAGAGCUGGAUCAGGGGCCUGUUCUGGAGUGUGUGGCCAGUGUCGGGGCUGUACGGAGUUUACAAGGCCUGGCGAGGAGGCGAAUAUUUGAUUCGAAAGUAA